CCCACCCAACAAAAAAAAAGUGUGAAAUCUAGUUUUGAUCAUUGAAGUUGUUCAUCCACCAUGCCGCUGCCAAAUUCCCUUUUCUCUCCUCCUUCUUCUACCACUUCCGUCGGCUUCCGCCGAUCCCAUAUUUUGGAUUCCGUUUUCGCCCCUCAUUUCUCUUCUCUUCACUCCUCCAGAUUGCGCUACAACUUUUCUGACUGUUGCAUUAAGACCGAUUUCUCUGCAAAAAAGAACAUUGUUUAUGCUGCUAACAAUGGUACCAACGCAGUUAGUUCAACCUCAUUGAAGACUGACCAAGAUGCUGAUUCUAUUCCAAUGCCAAUAGUUUUGAUUGAUCAAGAUUCAGAUUCAGAGGCAACAAUUGUGCAGCUGAGUUUUGGAGAUCGUUUGGGUGCUCUCAUUGACACAAUGAGGGCAUUGAAAGAUUUGGGAUUAGAUGUGGCAAAGGGAACUGUUGUCACUGAAGGAUCCGUCAAACAAACAAAAUUUUUUAUCACGCGAUUAGACACUGGGCGCAAAGUUGAAGAUCCUGAUAUGUUAGAGAGAAUUCGGCUCACCAUUAUAAAUAAUCUUUUGAAGUACCAUCCAGAAUCUAGUGAGCAACUUGCUAUGGGAGAGGCUUUUGGAUUAAAGGCUCCUGAGAAGAAGCUUGAUAUCGACAUUGCAACUCAUAUACAUGUAAAGGAAGAUGGACCCAAGAGGAGCUUGCUUUCUAUAGAGACAGCAGAUCGACCUGGACUGCUGGUAGAGAUUAUCAAAAUCAUUGCUGAUAUCAACAUAGAUGUGGAAUCAGCAGAGAUUGAUACAGAGGGCUUGGUAGCAAAAGACAAGUUUCAUGUCAGCUACAGAGGAGCAGCUUUAAAUAGUUCCUUGUCUCAGGUGCUGGUGAACUGCCUGCGUUAUUACCUUAGAAGGCCAGAAACUGAUAUCGAUAGUUAUUAAUACCUGAAGAUGUACCUUAUAAACCAACUGUACUGGUUCUUGUAUCAAUUCGUAUGUGACCUCAAGGAUAUCAAACUUGUAUUUUUUUUUUUUCAAGAUUUAUAGAUUCAUGUUGCCCAAUGCAUUCUGGGAUCUCUUGAAACUUCACAUUAAUGCUGACUGCUUCCCGUAUGAAAGCUAAAUGUUGAUUACAAGUAAAUUAUAUGAAAGCUGUUUGCUUUUUGUGA